UAGUGCGCCCGUGUUUUGCAAUCACAAACAGAAACAAAGCUAACCGUGAAGUUUGCAACCCUGCGUCUUUGAGGCGUAUUUGUUUGAAACAGAAGUGUCAUUAUUACACCUUACGAUAGAGAAAUAAUAUGUCUAUCUUGCAUUUGUGUUAGAUUUGGACUUUUUUCGCCGCUGUCUUCGCUUUAUGGCUCUGUGUAACUGAAUGAGGAGCAGCCUUCUGUCCGCGUUGUUUCAGAAGUGCUGCUGCAGCCAGGAUGGGCCAGCAGCUCUCAGGUCAGGGGGUGAUGACACGUCUGCCUGAGAAGCUGGUGAAACAUGCUGGACUUGUACGUGACAGCGGCUACCUAACAUACGAGGAGUUUCUGGCUAGAGUUUCUGAACUUAACGAUGUUACGGCCAAGUUAGCGUCUGGGCAGCAGAAGCACCUUCUGUUUGAGGUGCAGCCAGGAUCCGAUGCCACAGCCCUGUGGAAAGUGGCUGUCAGGGUCCUCUGUACCAAGAUCAACAAAGAGAAUGGUAUGGUGGAAGCAUCACGCAUCAUGAACCUGUACCAGUUUAUCCAGCUGUACCGUGAUGUCACCAGCCAGGCUGCUGAGGUGCUGUCUGCAGAGGGUGCCACCGAGGGCCCCUCUGCCCAGCUCCCCUCCACAGAUUCCUGCCAGGCCAGCAUGUGGAUGGGCAGAGUGAAGCAGCUGACUGAUAAGGAGGAGUGCUGCAUCUGCAUGGAUGGAAACGCCGACCUUAUUCUGCCCUGCGCACAUAGCUUCUGUCAGAAGUGCAUCGAUAAAUGGAGCGGGCAGUGCCGCAACUGUCCAAUAUGUCGCCUGCAAGUUACCGCUGCCAAUGAAUCGUGGGUAAUGCCUGAUUUCCCCACAGAGGACGACAUGGCUGGAUAUAUCCUCAACUUGGCGGACGAGGCGGGCCACCCACACAGGCCUUAACACACAACACACUGAGCAAGUUAAAAAAACAAGGGAAAUUGAACCACACCAAGUAGACUGUACCUGUUGAAACGCAAAAUUUCACUUUUCACUGUAGAGGAGAUUGUGUUAGUGUUUUCCUGGAAAGCUGACAAGGGCAGAGGAACCUUGCUGUGUUUCUAGCUUCUUAAGCUUUUUAGUGACAGGAUCAGAAAAUGAAAUGUUAUCUCUUUUAAAUAACAAAAAUAUCCCAGGAUCGUCUUUGUAACCCGAGUACUGUAGUGUGUAAUGUGUUAAGAUAAAUAAUAACCUAUUGAUUUAACACACAGAAGAACCAAAAGUACAGGAUUUCUAGGAAUUCUCUGGUUACUUUACUUUACUACUUUACUUUAGCUGCCACUUUAUCGUAGGAAUUCUGAUCCAAGUUGUAGUUUCCUUUUAUGCUCAUACGACGGGGACUUAAGCUCAGGCAGGUCAGCAGACUGUUUGCAUAGCUAAGCACUAAGUCUAGAAGUAGUUAACCCGGUUUUGUCCUAAAGCUCCUGUGAGGAACUUUUGGUCUAUGAUGAAGUUGGCGCCCCCUUGUGGACAAAGUGGUAGCUCUUAUCGCUUUCUGAAUUUGUCCUGUACAUGCUUCUCAAGCAUGAGAAAUGAGUCAAGAAACCCUUUUUUACUAAUGGUCUCUUUGGUUUUUCUAGGUCAUGAAGAGGCAUCGGCAUAAAUUUCAGUCUGUCAUUACCAGAUAAGAACUCCUCACAGGAGCUUGAACAACAACAACAUCCUGUCAGCACCAGUCAAUUAAAUGACUACCUUAAUGACUUACUAAGCUUUAAAGGUGCUGGUGGAUGUAUGUUGUUAUGUUUAGAUAGGGCAAGGCUAGCUGUUUCCCUCUGUUUCCAGUAUUUGUGCUAAGCUAAGCUAACAACCUGCUGACCGUAGCCAUGUCUAUUAACAGACAGAAAGUGUUUAAUCCUACACGCAAAGUUUCUGUUCAACCUUUGAACCUGAUUAACUUUCCUGAAGUAAAGCUGUCCUGACGUUCUGCAUGUUUAUAUCUUACAUGACAUGCCUUACGAGCCAUGCAGAGAUGAACUGAUGUUCUGAUCCCCUUCAGAACCCGACACAGUGACUGAUACUCUUUCUCAUGUACUGGUAUAUUUAGUUUGAUAUGAUUUAAAUGACUUGGCUUGCUGUUGCUGUUGUGUCUUCUUCACUGUUGGAAAUAACCACUAUUUGUCAACUAUACUGCUGUUAUCCUUUUAUUUUGUGUGUAUAUAUAUAUUUUUUUAAUUUACCAGAACUUAUUCUUACCUAAUUGCUGUAGAGUUGACGUUCACAAAACAACCAUAUUUGUCUUUGUUUUGCUCUGAACUUGCCUAAAUUGAAAUAUUAAAGAUUUAAUGGGACAGGCGGUUUCAUUUACAAGUGGACUCUUGUAGAAUUUAAAACCACAAAGUUUUAUUUUGAUAAGCAUUGAAAACCUUCAGAUCACACUUAUAAAAGGACGAGGUGAUUUGUGAUGAUAAAUCAUUUAUUUGAGUGAUAAAUUCCUAUCGAACUAUUAUUUUACGUUGUUAUGGAUUUCCAAUGUAGCAUUAUUUGUCAGUCAAGGAGGAGAGAGAGACACUCGACAAAUACUCGAGAUGUCUAAAGUUAUGUUGGUCUUUUCAUUCUAGAGCUUCUUAUUUCUUUAACAGAUAUAUUAUUUCUGUUUAUUUCUAAAACUGAAUGAAACUUAAGUUGACCAAAAGAAACUUUUGGUUGUCGAUGCUGACGGACAACAGUUUGAAACUUCACCGUAGUUUUCUUGGUGUCUGAGCGCUACAGCAACAGAUGAUUUUAUUUUCUCAAUUUGAAGACAUUAUUAUAUGUCACUAAAAUGUUUACAGCAGUUUAGAUGAAGCAGGACAAAUGAAGGAGGAGGAUCAGAGACAGAGUCUGGUCUUUGGCUGUGUUGUUCAUGCAAAAUUAAGCAAACAAUGUUGGAAAUUUAAAUAUCAAACCAAACAAGGAAACGUAAGAUGACUUAAUUAUCUUUAUAUCUGAUCCUACAUGGACACAUACUGUUUGUAAAUCUGCUGAAUAGAAGAAAUUGUAUUGAAAAUGAAAUUAUCUGAAUCAUACUGUAUUGUCCUUAAUAAACUUUUUGCACUUUA